AUGCCUCAAUGGAUCGGAUCCUUAAGUAGCCAGAAUGGAAAUUCUCUGGCUGGUGUAUUCAUGAUUAACGGCGAGCCAUGGGUAUUCGAGAAGAAUGCUCGCGGCCAACCGGCGGCUCCAUUUCAACGGGCCCCGGCAGUCGUGAAUAUCCCUUGGAAGGAGCUCGAAAGUAUCCGACAGUCCCUCCAGACUCGUGAGCCUUUCACCGCGACUAUUAUGGGCUCUACUUUGGAGAUUGUUUGGUCUAAUGGUGUGAGGAUCACUGCCAACGUGCCCCAUUGCGACACCUAUGGUUACUUUUCGGGCGAGGGUGGCUGGCGAACGCAGUGA